UGUAGUAUUACUUCUUUUUAAUCUCCACAAACUUGAAUGGUUGCAGCUAUCGCUUUUAAAUAAACUUGUUUACGAAUUAAUUUUAUUGAAAUGGAACAGAAACUUGCCAUACCUCCGUUAGAAGUUAAAGCCUCAAUAAAGCUAGUUAGAUGGGUGUGCUUAGUUAGUGGUAUAAUUUAUGGUAUCGUUAAGAAGAGAGAGUAUGGCGCGAUAGAAAAAGUAUUACGAGAAGAAGAAGAAAGAGAAAGACCGGAAAGAGAAGCCCGUGAACUUCGUGAAAAGCUUCGACGUAACGCUGCUGAAAUGAGAGAAUUGGAAAGAAUAUUUUUCGGGACAUCUUCAACUGAAACGGAAGAAAAACCCAAUGAAACACCAUGCGAUGAAACUAUAACUUCAAAGGAUAAUAGUUCAACAUUAAAUGAUAAAAAAAAAGAAACAGUUAUUUCUCUAAACAAUAAAUCGGAAGAAACAAAUGAUAAAGUAGUUUCAAAAGAUAAAUCAGAAGCAGUUAAAUUGGAAGAAACAAGUGAUAAAAUAAUUUCAAAAGAUGAAUCAGAAGAAGCAGUUACUUCUUUAAACAAAAAUUUUAAGAGGGUAGAACUUUCUUGCAAGCAAUAACAUCCACAGCCAGUUGGGCACAGUGUUUCACUAGUAAACCAUUUUGCUAAAUGCUGUGUGUGUCCUCCGUGUCCGCAAAAAAUACAGAAGUUACUUGGACCUAAUGGAUAGAAUGUAUGAUUUUUAAGUGAAUUCUUUCGCAAAAAAAAAAAUGUUAAACAUUUACAAUUAAAACUCAACAUACCUCUCACAGAAAUAUGACAAAUUACACAUUCCAAAGCUAAUCGUUUACAACUUAUACACUGAGGUCCUCUGCUAACUUUGCCACAUAUUUGACAUUCGCUUUGAAAUUCAACACCUUUGUGCGUGUCCAAAGGAGUUGCACUCACGUGUUUUAAUACUUGUGCACGUGCAUCCAAUAGUCGCCAUCUGUGUAAUACCUCUGCAUACGCUUUCUUGUAUCCGUCAUAAAGAGUAGUAUAUUUUUCAUCAAGUAAUCUGCAAUAUUAGAUUGUUGAUUCAUACUUGUAUAGUGGAAUAGGGUUUAAAUCGUAUACCUCAUAUGUUUCACGGAAUCCCUGAACGUAUCUUGGAUUAAUUUUAAAUCAUCGAGUGAAUCGGACCACGAGUUGGAUCGAUGUUGUUUCAGAUUUUGAAAAUUCCAUCCUUCCAAUGUGGUAUCGGCUAAGUGAAUUGUAUGAUAUGGCGAACCACCAGGCUAAAAAGAUACAUAGAGCAUAGUAUAUUAUAGCUCGACGUACAAAAGUUGCAUUAACAUAAUGAACAUAAGAUACAUAAUUGGUAAGAUGAAUGAUAUUAUGUCUCUGAUCACUUUCUGCGCAAAGAUGUUUGUCUUCUGUGUAAAAUUGAAACAUUAUCAUAACAAACAGUACAUCACAUACAGUUAGUUACUACAAAUGUUACUACUACUAAUAUCGUUAGUCAUAAUAUUAUAAGACAGUUAGGUAAAAAUAUUGAAAAGUUUGGCAUCUUAAAAUCAGGCAUGGCCAAACCUGCAUGCUUUGUGGCAUCACGACACUUCCACUCCGAUGCUGUAAGGCAGUAACAAAUAUCAUGAUGAUAAGUGAACCCUAAGAACCAAACAUUUCCAACACGUACAAACUUAGAAAAUUCGGAAAUCAUGCCUUACCUUCAACCACCACUUUCCUGUAGAAAGCCUCUAUAACAAAGAUAACAUUAUAUCAAUUAUCUGGUGAUUUUGAAAGAUUUUUAAAGAGAGUAAUGAAAUGAAACAACGGAUGCAGAUUACGUCGGUCUUGUAUGACGUUUCAAUUUCAAAUUAUCAUCCGUGAUCCUUUAAAUUUAUUGUAAAUUGCGCAUACAAUACCGUCGUCUUGCAAAAUAUCGUAUAUAUGUACAUAUUUUUAAUUAUUUCUCAUGCGCUAAAAGAGGUGCGUGCUGAGUAUAAAAGAUGUGAUAUACUGCAAUUCGAAUAGGCUAACAUCGAAACACGAAUAAAUGAUUAUAUUUAAGAAGUAACCUUGAAUAUUGAUAUGUUCAACAUGUUUUAUUAACAGAAGACAAAUGAUCAAGACAUUUAACAUAUUAGUUAUCAAUGAUACUAUAAAAAUAGUGCUCGUGCUAGACCAUGCUAGAACUCAACACUCACGUACGAAUGUAACAUACUUACACUGACAUUAAUAGACUUGCUACUUAGCCGUGUUUGAGAUAUAUCUGAGUUUUCCGAACGAUAACUAAAUGCACAACUCAGCAUACCUGCCAUUUGAAUGUCUGACUGAUUGGCAUAAUGCUGUAUUCUAAAAUAAAUGAUAUUAUACGUGUUA